AGAGUCAUCAGGAUGAGCUUCCAGACCCUACCCACACUCGUGCAGCUGGCGUUGCAGAGCCUGCUGAGAGUCGAGGCCUUGGCCAUCUCUGCUGUGCAGGAUCUGCCCUGGGUGCUGUUCCCACCAGUGUUCAAGGAGGCCUUCAACCACAGACAAACUAACAUCCUGAGAGCUAUGGUAGCAGUAUGGCCCUUCCCCUGCCUCCCUGUGGGAUCGCUGAUGAAAAACCCCCACCUGGAGACCUUGCAGGCUGUGCUGGAUGGAGUAGACUUGCUGCUCACACAGGUUUGGCCCAGGAGUUGUAAGCUAAAAGUGGUGGAUUUUCGGGCCGUGAACCACAACUUUUGGCAUGUAUGGGGUGGAGCAGAAGAUCAUGCCUGCUCACCACAGGUCAUAAGGAAGCAGCAAAAACUGGAGGACCUUCCAAAAUCAGAGGAGAGACAGCCCUUGAAGAUAAUAGUAGACAUUUGCCUCAAAUUCUGCAGACUUGAUGAGUGUCAUACCCACUUGUUGCAGUGGGCCAAGCCAAGGAAGAAGUCCCUACAGUUCUGCUGCCCCAAGUUGCAGAUGAAGGUAUUGCCUGUCUGUACUAUCAUAGAGAUCCUGAAAGUAUUUGAACCAGACACUAUCCAAGAGCUGGAACUGAAUUCACGUUGGCGGCUGGAAGCCCUAGCACACUUUGCACCUUACCUAGGCCAGAUGAGAAAUCUUCAAAAAUUCCUUAUGGCAGGAGUCUAUGUGGAUCACUGUCUUAGAAAGACCUUUACAGAGAUGGAGUAUGUCCACAAGUUUCUCUCUCAGUUCUCCAAACUCAACUGUCUCCAGCAUCUCUACAUGAAUCAGGUCUACUCCUUCAGUGGCCACAUGGAUCAUUUGGUCAGGUGCCUGAAGAACCCCUUGGAGACCCUGUCCAUCACUCUCAGCCUAGUCUCACAGUCAGACUUAAACCUCUUACCUCAAUGUCAGAGCCUUUGGCAGCUCAAACACCUGAAUCUGAGUGGUAUUCCAUUAUUUUUUUUCCAUUUUAAGCCCAUCCAAAUUCUACUAGAGAGCAUUACAGCCACUCUGCAGACCCUUGAAUUUGAAGGCUGUGAGCUGAAUGACUCCCACAUCACUGCCCUUCUGCCUGGCCUGAGCCAGUGUUCCCAGCUCACCAAGAUCAACUUUUACGGCAAUGGCAUAUCCAUGCUCGUCCUAGAGGACCUUGUGCAUCGCACAGCCAAACUGAGGCAGCUGACCCAUGAGCUAUACCCUGCCCCUUUGGAGUGCUAUGAUAAUGGUAGCCUCAUUUUAGAUAGAUUUAUCCAACUUUGUUCUUCACUCAUGACUACACUACGGGCCAUAAGGCAGCCUGAGAAGGUCAGCUUUGGUGCUGGAAUCUGCUCUGGGUGUAAUGAACGCUGUGUCUUUAGCCUGGAAAUUAAACUAUGUUCCUGCUGGCAGUCCGAUUGAAAAAGUUACUCCUGGACACUGAGAAAUGAAAUCCAGGGGUUUCUUGUGUCAUCAAGGGGGCACAGAGAAGUAGGCUUUAGGCACUGUUAAAUUUCUUUGAAAGAAAAAUAACACUGGAUUUUUUUAUUAGGAGUAGUCAUGCUAUAAGCUGGACAAUGGUGGCUCACACCUUCAAUCCCAGUACCUGGGAGGCAGAAGCAAGUAGAUCUAUGUGAAUUCCAGGCCAGUCAAGGCUAAAUAGUAAAAAAAGAAAAAGAGGUCGUGUUGACAUAGAACAAUGGCCCUAUGGAUAUUGUUUUGUGACCAUAAGGAAGACAAAAACACAAUGAGACUGAAGCCCAAGAAUCCUUAGCAUCAAAAUACACAGUCAGUCACAUAUUUUUGUUCUGUUUAGUGCAUCAUGUACAGACUUGAAAGCUGGGAGUAAGGCCCACUGGGCCAGUAUGGAGGAGGAGCAGGAGACUGUGAGAGACCAUCUGCCCAUUGUGACAUAAACCUUGUAAACUUGGUAAGACCUAGCAUCAUCAGGAGCGAGGUUUGGGUUUGUACUGAGAGACUGUUUCCAGAGAAAUUUAGCUGAGGAAGAAAGGCUCACCGUAGUGUGGGUGGCACCACCCUGUGGGGUGUGACCCUGAAGUCAAUUAAGAACAGAAAAGUGAGUAGAACAUUCACAUUCAUCUCUUUCUUGACUGGACACUGCAUGCCCAGCUGCCUCAGACUCUUGAUACUGUGCCAUUCUCUCCAUGAACUGUGUCUUCUCCAACUGUAACCCAGACAAGCUCACACAUCCACGAGGGCUGUGGAAAAGAUAAACUGGAAUGCAGCUGUGUAGAUCUACUGCCGAGGGACUGGAGAGACAUCUCUUACUGCUCUUUCAGAGGUCCUGAG